AAAUGCGUUUGAGCAGAUGUCUACGGAGUCAGAACUCCAUUAAGAACCACUUUCUACAGAAGAUCAAGUUCAAUGGGCCAAUCACAGUGUCAGAGUACAUGAAGACCUGUCUGUACCAGCCCCAAUUGGGAUUCUACUCUCGCAACCCUCUUGGUCGCCAUGGCCAUUUCAUCACAUCUCCCGAGAUCUCGUCUCUGUUUGGGGAGAUGUUGGGCAUCUGGGCAGCGAGACAGUGGGAACUGAUGGGUUGUCCGGUGCCCCUCACAUAUGUGGAGUUGGGACCGGGUAGGGGUCUCAUGUGUGCAGAUGCGAUCAAUGCAUUUUGUAAAGUGACAGAUGUGAAAAUCAGUCAGAUCCAAAUCAAACUAGUCGAGAUAAGCGAAGCGCUGAAGAGAAUUCAAAAGGAGCGCAUUGGUUCAGUACUGAAGAGUCCGGAGAACCUCAACAUAGACUGGUACAACAACAUAAUGAAUUGUGACAUCAAGAGUCCCUUUUUCCUGUUUGCAAACGAGUUCUUCGAUGCAGUUCCCAUCCACGUCUUCAAAAAAAGUACAACUAGAUGGCUGGAAGUUCUGGUCGACGUAGACGAUAAUGACAACUUUGUGUUCAGACAUUCGCCAAACAUUACACCUUCGCUAUCACUUGUGCCAGAAGUUUUCCAUGGAAUGAGUCACCUGGAACUCUCAUUUGAGUCUGGAAUUAUGCUGUUGGACAUUGCAAAAAAGUUAAACAAUAUGCAAGGUACUGCAUUAAUAGUUGAUUACGGUCACGAUGACUUAAAUAGUUCGCCCGAUACCUUCAGAGCAUUCCGGUCGCACAAACAAGUGAACCCUCUAGAGGACCCUGGAGAAUGCGAUCUGACAGCUGACGUGAACUUUGCUUAUUUCAAACAUCUACUCAAUACUGACAAUGAGCAUAGCGUGGACACGUAUGGCCUGGUUGAUCAGGGUGACUUCCUGAUGCAACUGGGAAUCCACCAAAGACUGGAGGACGCUAUGAGAACUGCACCCAGUGCAGAGAAGUCACAAGACAUACUCUCUGCAUUCAAGUCCAUUACCAGUCCACAACACAUGGGAUCAAAAUUCAAAGUGUUCUCAAUGCAAACGAGGCAACUGCCGGAGCCGCCUGGUUUUGUUUUAGAUGACAGCGAUUGAAAUUAAAUUAUAUUCUUGACUGAACGAAACUUUUGAACCUGUCUUUCUUUACGAGUAUCUUGUGCUUGAAAUAAUCAUAGUUGAGAAAUUCUUAGAAACAUCAACAAAAGAGUCUGUUUUGAUGCUUGAUUUGAAAAGGGUAUUGCAAUCACCUUUUCUGGGAAAUAACUUGUUCAGAGAAUAGCGAAAAUUAGAAAUAGCAAAUAAAUUCAAGUGAUCAAUGUGGUUGUUCUUUUUACUGGAUGAAUUUCGAGGUGCAACAUCUCUGUUACGGUAGGCGUUUUCACAGUGUGAUUUUUUCUUGGCAUGUUUUCAGAAGUUUUUCGGUUUCGGCUAUAAUUCUGUCGGCUUUUUUGGCAUCUUUUUUUUCUUAUAGUUUUCGAAGAAAUGACUUAAUUCAUACA